AUGAAUGUCGGGGCGGCGGCGGCGGGCGCGCGAGACGACGGAGACAGCUUGCUGGUGUUCCUGCACGCCGAUAGCUCACUGCCGAGCGGGUACGGGGAGACGAUCGAGAGAGAGAUGUGCGGAGGUCGGUCGAGGCGCGAUUGGGGAGCGUUUGCGUUCAAGAUGACCGAAGCGGCGGACGGUGACAGCUGGGCUGGAGGCAUGAUCCGCCGAGCGAUAGAGUUCGGGACGAACUGUCGGUGUAAGCUGUUUGGAACGCCCUACGGCGAUCAAGGAUUGGUGAUUCGUCGCAGAGCGUUCGAUGACGUUGGUGGAUUCGAGGAAUUGCCCUUCAUGGAGGAUUACGUCAUGGUGCAAAAGCUUCGUCGGCGGAGCGCGCCGAGGUUGUUUCAAGACCCCGUGGUGACGAGCGGUCGAAGAUGGGACGAGCGAGGCUUAGCCAAGGUCACGCUAUUGAAUCAGGUCAUUCUCAUGGGCUACCACUUGGGCGUACCCGUGGAGAGACUCGCCAAAUGGUAUCAGUUCAAUUUCUAG